AUGGCUGCAAGUUUUUCGCUGAUGAUCGUGAUUCGUCUGCUUUGGUCCCUAAUUGCCAAGAACCUCCAAAACGCCAUCGGUGCAAAGUGGCUAUGUGCCGAAACCAUGCAAGCCGUUGCCACCCGUUCAUUGGGUCGCGUACAGAGCGCGAGCCCAGGUGGGGGUCUACAUAUGGAGCCUUAUGGAGCGGCGGUGUUGCAACUGCGACUCGAGCUGCUCACACAAGUUGAGAAGAGGUUCCGAACUCUUCCUCCGGCUUGUCCGCCCGGUGGCCCGGUGGCGAGCGGGCCUUGCACUGACCUCUGCGGAGAUCGUUUCCCGAUAGUCAGAUGA